CUUCGUGAAUACGGAACUGUCGUCACUUUACGAGACACUCCAAGCGAUCGGCAAAGCGUUUUGUGGGUCAUGGAGGAGGAAGGUAAAUAAAAGACGGAGCUCUCUAAACACGCAGAGGCUGGUCUAACACGGUCACCGGGAGGUCUGACUCUGAGAUAGAUCCGGUUCUGUUGGCUCUGAAGUAAGAAGACACACCGGAGAGGAGCGACUGUUGGUCCGGCUAACAGCAGCAGCUGUCGGCGUUCUCAGGUGUUCUGGUUGGGUUUGCCUUAUCUUUGUGUUGCCAUGGCGAUGAGGGAGUUGGUGGAGGCAGAAUGUGGUGGAGCCAAUCCCCUCAUGAAGCUGACCGGUCAUAUGACCAAGGAAGGGGGGGCAUGGCGGCACCGCUCAACACCUACAAUCCCCCCUGCUGCCAUUGAAAUUGCAACUGAGGAAGAGCUGGUGAAUGAGUUCCUUCAGGCCCCCCCACGACCCCCACACACAUUCGACAUGGGUCAGCUGUUGGAGGAAAUGCAGCAAAUUGACCAGCAGAGCUUCAGACAAGCUCCACAGAGAGCUCCAGAUGUGGCAGCAUUGGCUCUCUCGGGUGACUGGGCAGCUGAAUUCCUCGCAGGACCUGACUCUGCCUCUGCUCCAGGCCUCGCCGCUCUGGGUGAUGCAGCAGAUGCUGAUUGGACGAAAGAAUUCAUCGCUGAGGCUGCAGAUCCUGGACGCUGGGCCGAGGAAUAUCUGGAGCAGUCAGAGGAGAAGUUGUGGCUGGGAGAUCUGGGAGACAAAGAGAACGAAUGGACUAAAGAGUAUCAACCAGGAGAGGAGCUGAGGCAGACGGCCAAUGAACUCGUCUCAAAGGUCGAAGAUCCUAAGUUACAAAACACCGAGUUCCUGCGAUUCAUUAGGCAGAUUGGAGAGGGCAGUGUGACAGUGGAGAGCAGAACAGACAAACAGCUCACAGAUAAAGCUCAGGCCCAGGAGGCUCAGAACUGGGCCUCCAACCUCAACCAGGUGUCUGAAGAGUCGGCUGAAGCCUGGGUGGAUGAGUUCGCCACAGCAGGACCCGAUUUCCAAGAAGCUAAAGCUGCAGUGGAGAGCGAUGUGGAUUUCUGGGAGAAGCUGCAGCAGGAGUGGGAGGAGAUGGCUAAGAGAGAUGCAGAGAGCCACCCCUGGCUGUCUGACUUCGAUCAGCUACUCAACAGUUCUUAUGACAAGGGUUACCAGUUUGAAGAGGAGAACCCCUACCUAUCCCACCCUGACCCCCUGUCAGAGGGGGUGAAGAGGAUGGAGGCAGGGGACAUCCCGGGCGCCGUACGUUUCUUUGAAAGUGCUGUACAGAAGGAACCAGACAACCAACUGGCUUGGCAAUAUUUGGGAACCUGUCAGGCUGAAAAUGAGCAAGAAUUUGCUGCUAUCAGCGCCCUCCGCAGAUGUAUAGAGCUGAAGAAUGACAACCUGACAGCUCUGAUGGCGUUGGCUGUCAGCUUCACUAACGAAUCGCUGCACAGGCAGGCCUGUGAGACUCUCCGUGAUUGGCUGAAGCACAACCCAAAAUAUCGUUCUGUGUGGGAGCAGAGUGAGAGCGAACGCCAGAAGGAGGGUGCCAGAGAGAGGGACAAGGAGAGGGAGAGGUUCGGGUCACUGCUGCCGGAAUCUUUGUUUACAGAUGUCCAGUCCCUGUUCCUGCAUGCAGCAAACUCUGACCCCGCCCAGGUUGACCCCCAGCUGCAGUGUGGUCUGGGAGUUCUGUUCAACCUCAGUGGGGAGUAUGACAAGGCAGUGGACUGUUUCAGCGCCGCUCUCUCCGUCACACCACAGGACUACCUGCUGUGGAAUAAGUUGGGUGCAACGCUCGCCAAUGGCAGCCGUUCAGAGGAGGCAGUGGCCGCCUACAGGAGAGCUCUGGAACUGCAGCCUGGCUUUGUCCGCAGCCGCUACAACUUGGGAAUCAGUUGUGUGAACCUAGGAGCACACAGAGAGGCGGUGGAACACUUCCUGGAGGCUCUGUCUCUACAGCGUCAAGCCGCCGGGGAUGGUGCAAGAGCAGUGAGGGGACCCGGAGGCGCAGCAGCCACCAUGAUGUCUGACAACAUCUGGUCCACCCUGCGCAUGGCUCUUAGCAUGAUGGGAGAGAGCUCUCUGUACGCUGCUGCUGAUCGACGGGACUUAGACACGUUGUUGGCUCAUUUCUGCCAGAGAGAGGUAGAAGGUGGGACCGAAUGAGGACCAGCCAGGGGGGAGCUCAUCGAGUGUGAGUGUGUUUCACUGGGAGGAAAAUGUCUGGGUGACUGAUUAAAGCGGUGGGGAAUCAGAUUUGUGCAGAGAAAAGGAAGAGGAAGACACUGUGAAUAAUCAACCAACCUUGAGAUGUCAUCUUGUGGUUAGUUUCCCUCUGAAGACUUCUUCAAAUAUUGCAGUAUUAGUUUCUACCUGGAAGAUGCAGCCUACAGUAAUGUUACUGUGUCCUACAUGUCUGACCGUCCUCGCCUUUCCCACUACUCUGUUUAUCCAGAGAACCCCAUUUAAUGGCAUGUCAACUUGAUUUUUAAUGUGUUCUCAAUGAAGAAGGGGAAUGAAGAAUGACUGAAUCCAUUCUGUAUUCAGUAGAUGAUCAUGUUUAUCAUGAUACUGAGUGCCCUCACAACCUCUGGUUGUAUGUUAAACUGUGUAUUCACUACAAUUGUGUAGAUAUGAGGUACAAUAUUGCUUUGACAUUUAAAGAGUACUGCUUUGUAUCAAAAGUGCCCCUAAGAGAAGGCCGGUCCAGAGUACAAAGUCUAAUCACGUGCUACAGCAGCUUGGUUUUUUUACACUUUAUUUAAUUUUUUAGCAAUCAUUUAUCAGCCAGGAUAAUGAACUGACAACCAGCGGGACUGUUACUGUUAUGAUAAGUUGUAUGUGAACAGUCUGUGUGUGUGAAUGUGUGUUUUUUGGACGAGUGGGUGAUAAUAAUUGGAUAAGAUCAUAUAAUUGUAACAUUGUUGAGAAUACUGUCUCUGGGCUCCUCCCUCUCCUGCUUUUUUCAUACCGCCCUUGUAAAACAAUUUGCUUCAUUGUAAAAUACUGCUAUAUGCAUAUUGUGUAUUGUAACAUAAUUGUUGCACUAUAAUUGUUUUCAGGUUAGUUAAACCCUGACUGCAAUGUUUAAUAUAAUGUUCAGCAAUAAAGCUUUGAUUCCAAACA